UUUUUUUUUUUAUAGCUGAUGAAGCUCGUGAAUUGAAACGUAUUCAUGAAAUUCCUGAUAAUAUCGAAACAUCAAUGUAUGAUGAUGAUGAAUCCAAAAAUAUUGUUUUCGAUGAUAGAUACAACAGUGCUGAUCAAUCUACUGACGAAGAAGAACUACCAAGAAAUGUAAAUGGUCGUGCAGCUGUUGACAAUAGUCAUUCAGAAGAUGACUCUGAUAAUGACAAUGAAGAUGAUAGUACCAAUUUUUAUCAGCCUAAUCGAAUGCCAAAACAGAUUGAAAAUUUAAAUACACACAAUUCACUAAGAAAUAAAAAGAAAAUUAAAAAAUAUACACGUGAUAAUGGAAAAGAAGCAAUUCCAGAAUGGGGCUGA